AUGCUUCAAAGCAAGUUGCAGGAAGCGCUGCCGGGGAACCAGCCCUCGACGCAGGCAGUUGAGCUUUGCCGAGCACUUCGAGCUCGCUUGGGGCGAGAAGGCUGGGAGCAACGUCGAGUGUAUGCGAAAGACGUGCUGGAUCAGCUGAAGGACGUGACUGAGGUGCCGCCUCGGUUCUUCUCCGUGCUACAGCGGACGGUCAGCGUCGCCUGCGUUCGCAAAGAUGGUCCCUCCGAGGAGUUGCAGUCCGUCAGAAAGGCCACCGCAGCUGCCGUGUGCAACGCCGACCCUGAGGGUCCUUGUCCGAUCUGCUUGGCGAAGUGGACGCCGCAAGACAGCUUGGUCGUCCUGUCCUGCCACCACGUCCUGCACGCGGAUUGCUUCUGGAGAGUGACUAUGUCGUCCGGCGCCGAGAGCUUGCGAGGACGCUGCCGGAUCUGCACGCAGGCGUCGUUCUGGGGCCCCGUUGCACGGAGCAACUUCCGAUGCAUGCUCAGCUCUGCCUGGGCCGCGGCCUUGGUCCGGCAGCGCGAAGCAGGAGGUGAGCUUACGCGCGAGGAUCUUUCUGAGUAUUGCCGGCGUAUCGCCAAGGAGAUCGGCGAGACCUACAUCGCGACCUUGCGGGAAGUGGCGAAAGAGAUCCGGAAGAAGGGCACGAAGCUCCCAGCUGCGGAGAUGGCGGAGUUAGAGAGGUUAGUGGAAAGCGCUGCGGAGUUGGACCCAAGCCAGGUCGUCGCCUGA